CAUCAUUUCUUAUAGUUACAGUACUGCGCGCUCAGCUGUAACCUGUAACGUAACCAACCGUGUCAUCACUGACACCAAUAGGAACUCACCACGCUUUAGAUGCACACACGUGUAUUGAGCUCUCGGCUUCUAUCUGUUUGCAAAUUAAACACUUUAUUAUUGUUCGAAAACAUGAAAGAAAUUCUAGUUUACUUUCCGUUUAUGAUUUUAACGUUACUUGCUCUUUGGACAAGUUCUGUCAAAGCUAAAGGAACACAAUACGUGACUUGUGGUUCUAUGUUAAAAUUAAUGAAUGUAGACCAUAAAGUCAGAUUACAUUCCCACGAUGUAAAAUAUGGAAGUGGUAGUGGCCAACAAUCUGUAACUGGUACAUCGACAAAAGAAGAUGGAAAUUCGUAUUGGCUUGUUAAAGCUGGAACAAAGAGACAGUGUACUAGAGGAACGCCAAUCAAGUGUGGAGAUAUCAUAAGAUUAGAGCAUACAACAACAAAAAAGAAUCUUCAUUCUCACCGUGUUAGUUCACCUCUUAGCGGUAAACAAGAAAUUUCUGCUUAUGGAGAUAGUAAGGGAGAAGGUGAUAACGGUGACAAUUGGCUUCUAGUAUGUCACACUGAGUUUUGGAAAAGAGAUGAAUCGAUCAUGUUAAAGCAUGUAGAUACGGAUACAUAUUUAGCGGUAAGCGGAAGGGUUUACGGUAGUCCAAUUAAUGGUCAAAGCGAAGUAGUAGGCGAAUAUUCUCUUAGUAGUCCCCAUGUUGAAUGGGUAACAGCAGAAGGAGUAUUUAUUCAUCCUAAUGACUUUAAAGCCCAACAUAAUGCGCAUACAGAAUUAUAAAAUAAAUUAUUUUAUGGCAAAUAUACAGAAUAUCUAUUGUACAUUACUACAAGUAGAAAUCCAUGUCAGCUUCUUUUUAACUUAUAUUAUAAAUCAGUAUCCGAUUGUUCUAUAUUUUUGUAAAGAAAGAUUCUCCGUAAAAGUAUGCAAGUUAAUCUACCACAUCAGGAAUGAAUAGAAAAAUAACUCUUCCAUUACAAUAAUUUUUAAGAACAAUUGUAGAAAGCCAAAUACCGUCAUUUACUAUUCUUAUGAUUUAGACAAAAGCUAAGUAAAAUCGUGAAUAGUUUAAUGCAGUCUGUAUUAUAGAUAUAAGAAUGUAAGAAUACAAAGUUGUUUCAUCAUUUAACUUAUUUACUAGCUCUGAAAAUUUAUGUAAAGAGUGCAGAACCAGUCUGAUUUUAUUUGUGCAAAUGUAUAUGUGUAGAUGUAUCGAAUAUAUGUGAUAUUUAUUAUAAUAUAAUACAACUUGCAAUAAUCGAAAAA